AUGCUUGGCACAGGGGAUCCCAGUCUGCACUCAAGUUGCAUCCCCUCUAGGAAAAAAGGAAGACAAGGUCAGCGCAUUUUGAGCCAUAAGCAUUCCAUUUCUCAGAUGACUGAACUUUCCUGGAAGGAUGUUAUUAAUGCCUUGUCCCUGGCCAACAUGGUUCUGGGGCUCUUCUCCAUCUUCUGCAGCUUCAGCAGGAAGUUAUACUGUGCUUCCUGGAUGCUUCUCAUCAGCUUCCUGCUAGACGUGGCAGUAGGGACGAUGACCAGAUACCUCAACAUCUGCCACAAACUGGGACUUGAACUGAAUGACUUCGCUCUCUUCACCACCUUUGGCCUGGCCUCAGCCCUGCUCCUUGGUGUAGAUGGGCCUCUGAAUGGGUUCCUGGCCGUCAUCUAUGUGUUAACCACUUCUUUCCGCCUGUGUUUUUACUCAACUGGAGAAAGUCCUUCAGCAUACAAGGGUCUACCCUGCCCCUACGCUUCCUGUGUUUUGGCCUCCACCUGCCUUCUGACCAAGGGCAACACAUUUAUUCUCUGCUGCAUGGCUUCACUCAUGAUUCUGUUCAUGAUCGACCAGAGUUGCUACCCACACGAUGAGAUCCUGGAGUCGGAAAACUGGAAAAAAGUGGUUUAUAUGGGAGGUGUUAUCAUGCUGUUUUUCUUCCCAUUCUCACUCACCGCCUUUUACUGCCUGAUUUGGUCGCUCUCCUACAUCUUCUUUCCAGAUGCCCUGUGGGGCAGGGGAAUUUGUAUUAAGCUCUAGCAAGGCGGACAUCACAGCUUCACCACUCCUGCUGGCUCUGCAGGCUCUGCACUUAGCAUGCUGGACCAAGACCUGCCUCAUCCUCACUAAAAUUUCCUGGCGCCUGUG